AUGUUCGAUUACAUUACAUAUUUGGUUGCCGAGUGGGUGACGAGAACUAUUGAUCCAGUUCAAGGAUGCAAGAAGUGGAAAGCAAUUGCCUACCAUAAGGGAUGCUUCAAGUGCGGCGACUGUAAGAAGAACCUGGACUCGGUGAACUGCUGCGAGGGUCCUGAUCGAGAAAUCUACUGCCGAGUGUGCUACGGCAAGAAGUUUGGCCCCAAGGGCUACGGCUACGGCCAAGGUGGCGGAGCUCUACAGAGCGACAGUAACGAUUCAUCCAGUGAGUUUACACCGAAACCAUCGGCCAUCGAUACAAGUGCCAUCAAGGCAACCCCCGGACAAGGCUGUCCACGUUGCGGUGGUGUAGUAUUCGCUGCCGAAAUGGUCUUGUCUAAGGGACGCGAAUGGCAUCGCAAGUGCUACAAAUGCCGUGAUUGUACCAAAACACUGGAUUCGAUCAUCGCCUGUGACGGCCCAGAUCAUGAUGUAUACUGCAAGACCUGCUAUGGCAAGAAGUGGGGACCACAUGGCUAUGGAUUCGCCUGCGGAUCCGGAUUUUUACAGACCGAUUGCAUGACAGAGGAGCAGUUGGCCUCCCAAAAGCCAUCGGUUCCUAUCGAUACGACCAGCAUCAAGGCUCCGGCCGGUCAAGGUUGUCCACGUUGCGGUGGAAUGGUGUUCGCUGCUGAACAACAGCUAGCUAAGGGCACCAUGUGGCACAAGAAGUGCUUCAACUGCAACGAGUGCCAUCGUCCACUGGACUCGAUGCUGGCCUGUGAUGGACCAGACAAGGAAAUCCACUGCCGUGCAUGCUACGGAAAACUGUUCGGACCUAAGGGAUUCGGAUUUGGACACACUCCCACUCUGGUGUCCACCGAAGUGCAGGAGACUCCGUUCCAUACCGAGUUUAACCCAAUGAAUGGUCCAAAGGCCAAGGACGGCAAGGGCUGCCGCCGGUGUGGAUGCACCGUGUAUGAAGCUGAAAAAAUGCUUAGCAAGAACCUGGUAUGGCACAAGCGGUGUUUCAGUUGUUUCGACUGCCACAAAUCGUUGGACUCGACCAAUCUGAACGACGGUCCCAACGGAGAAAUCUACUGCAAAGGAUGCUACGGUCGAAAUUACGGUCCACGAGGCGUCGGAUUUGGAAUUGGAGCUGGUGCGCUAACGAUGGUUUAAAUCCCACAUCCUACCAGAUAUAGAUUCGUUUAUUCUUUUUUCUAUUAUAAUAAUUUUUAUUUAUUAAACUAAAUGUGUAUUCUCGAGCUUCUAUAUUUUGGAAGCUUACAGACUUGAUCGCUGAUAUUCCCUUUAAAAUCCCUUUUUAAAAUGUAUAGCUCUGACCAACCAACCAAUGCGUAAGAUUUAGGAAACAACUUUGCUGCUCGACAAAAAAAAGGUCUUCAAACUAACCAUCCCUUCAAACUUCAAAAACUGUCAUCCAUUCACUACAAAACGUAAAAAAAAACAACAAAAUGAGCAGUGCAAAGUGUCCAGAUUUAGUGAAUACAAUUGCGAACGACCAGGACACGAACCUGCGAUCACCGUGAAAACACAAAUCAAAAACAGUAACCGAAACCGCCAAACGAAUUUAACCUGUCCCUUUUACCUUCUAUCAAGCACCCUUUUCUACCACACGAAACCAUUAUUAAUAAUUUGCUCAGCAGUAGAUAGGAAGUCCAAAAUCUUAUUAGGAAACCCCGCAGUUAGGCGAGUUAUAGUAACAGCGCGCUUUUUGAGAGAUGAAUGAAAACAGGCUAACCACCCCGCCCCCUUUCGGUGGUUCUAGUUAACAAACAUUACACAAUAACAAAUCAAACAAGUUCUACAAUAGCUAGAUAGGUUGAAUGAAUUGCAAUGAAAGAAUAACGAUCGAAUAUAUUGUUAGUUUAAGCUCUGAACCAAAGGAAAACAAAAGAAUGUGCUUGUCAUACCGUAGGAACUAGUGUGCAGCCCCUUUCCAUUUUCUUCCCUCGAGAGAAAGAGAAAAGUAAAGAUCUUGUUAUAUCACAUAAUUGAUUAUCAUCAUUACUGUAAUAGUCUGUCGUUUUUUUUUAUUAUUUUACUAUUUGCUAAUUAAUAAUACAAAACCCAAUAUACAACGCGCUAGGUUAAGUAUUACUUUCGUAACAUGUAACGAUGAUUCUUGUGUACAAUUGAAACACAAGCAUGCAAUCACACCCACAAAAAAAUGAUAUUUAUUCAAUAAAGAGAAACUGCUAAAACAAAAUAAA